CUAUUAUAUUAGUCCCUUUCUUUCCAACUUCCACUAAUAAAUUAAGCACAAUCAACCUCUGUAUUUGCUUACAAUUCCUUUCACCUCCCCAAAUAAAAUUACCAAAAUCCAAUAACUAUUUCAGGGGAAUAAAAAAAAAUCAGUAUUAACUACUGAAGCUCUUGGUAUGAUCAAGCAUAAGUACAUUAUCGUUAAGACACAAUAAUAUAGCCACUAGCACCACCACCACCAAACGCUCCUACAUUUAUUGCCUUCACUUGUUUCUCAUUACGCUCGUCGCUCUGCAACUUACUCUGUUUUUUUUUUCAUUAUUAUUUUCACCCCUUUCUGUUUUUCCCCUGUUUUCUGUCGCAAUGAGUUUUCCGCGUUUAUUGAGUUGGGUUAUGGUCUUUUUGGUGGUUACGUUUGAAGCUAAAGUCGGGCUCGGCCAAAUUAACGGCAUUCGCAGGAAUUACAUUACGUGGAGAGACUUGAAAAUGGAAGGUCCUCCUCGUAAUUUUCCUUUGAGAGAUAUCGGUGGUAACAAUCGGAAUAAAUUAGUAAUCGUGGUCGAUAAAUACGGCAGAGGAGAUUCUUUUACGGUGCAAGGCGCAGUCGAUAUGGUGCCGGAAAAUAAUGUGCAGAGGGUCAAGAUUCACAUUCUUCCCGGAGUUUACAGAGAAAAGGUACGGAUACCAGUGAACAAGCCGUACAUCUCCUUCAUAGGCAAUGAAAACGAGCCGUCGUCAACAGUUAUAACGUGGCACGACAAAGCUUCAGAUAAUCUCCCAAACGGCAGCUGCUGCUUAGGGACUUGGAAUUCGGCCUCUGUCUCUGUGGAAUCCGACUACUUCUGCGCCACUGGGAUUACUUUCGAGAAUACGGUUAUUGCUGAAGAAGGUGGAGUGAAGGGAUAUGGAUAUCAGGCCGUGGCUUUCAGAAUAUCAGGCGAAAAGGCGAUGUUUUACAAGGUUCGAUUCUUGGGCUCACAGGACACGCUGUUGGAUGAGUCGGGCUCCCAUUAUUUUUUCCGGUGUUUUAUUCAGGGCUCCACCGAUUUUAUAUUCGGCAAUGCAAAAUCGCUAUAUCAGGAGUGCGGAAUCUCGGUUGUGGGUGAUGGAUAUGCAAUAGCAGCCCAACACCGUAAUUCGGACACUGACGAAACGGGCUUUGCUUUCUUGAACUGUACAGUGAGUGGGACUGGGCCGAUUUAUUUGGGCCGGGCCUGGGGGAAUUAUUCGAGGAUAAUAUAUUCAUACACGGAAUUUGAUAUUGAUGUGAGGCCACAAGGAUGGGAGGAUUGGAGAGUUCCAUCUAGACAAAGCACUGUAGUGUUCGGUGAAUACGAAUGCAGAGGGAGAGGAGCAGAUAGAAGCAGAAGGGUAGAAUGGUCAAAAGCCCUCACCUACUGGGAAGCAAGACCUUUUCUGGAUAUCAUGUUCAUAAGAGGCGAUCAGUGGCUCAAACUCUAGUUUACUAACUACUUCUCAAUUCUCACCUAUUCAUCUCUCUUUGUAUAUUGCAUACAUAGAAUGAGCAACCUCAAAUCCAAAAUCUUCAUGCCACAUAGUAGGGGCUUCAUGUAGCAUAUUCUUACCAGAUUUUGAAUUACACACUCCAUACUUAAAAGAUCAAUCAAGCACAUGUAUUAACACAAAACCAGAAGUUGGACCGAGAGUUAAUAAUAAAGGUUCCUCCUUUUAUGUCUGACAAUGAGGUGAAUUGACUUCAAUUCCAAGUAUCUCAAACAUCAUUCCUGUACAACAUCAAGGAAAUGACACCACGAACCAAACUUAACACAAAACAAGACCUAAACAUCAUAUACAACUAUGUUCUUGCUUAACCUGAUAAACCCUAUGGAUCCACCAUACACAUAUAAUGAAACUCGAUCAAUAGAUUUUUUUUUUUUUUU